GACAUCUUAACCCGGGACAUAAGCGAAGAAUAUGAGAAACUCGAAAAGCUUGGAGAGGGUAGCUACGCUACAGUGUUCAAGUGCAAAUCAAAGACUGAUGGUUCUAUAGUAGCACUAAAAGAAAUAAAACUGCAAUUCCAAGAAGGUCUUCCCUUCACAGCCAUUCGAGAAGCAUCGCUUUUACGAACACUACGCCAUGCGAAUAUUGUAUGCCUUCAUGACAUAUUUCACCAACAUAAUCGAUUGACUUUCGUUUUCGAAUAUAUGAAAAUGGAUCUCAGCAAAUUUCUCGAAUGUCAUCCUACAGGUAUAGAUUGCCUACAAAUCGAGCUUUUGCUGUUUCAACUCCUUCGCGGACUAGAUUUCUGCCACAAGAAAAAGAUUUUGCACAGAGAUCUCAAACCUCAAAACCUCCUUCUCGACGAAUUUGGUGUGCUAAAACUAGCAGAUUUCGGCCUGGCCAGAGCAAAAUCGGUUCCCAGCAGGACCUAUUCUCAUGAAGUAGUUACUCUUUGGUAUCGGCCACCUGAUGUGCUUCUUGGUAGCACGGAGUACUCAACAUCACUUGAUAUGUGGAAACGAUGCAUGCAGACAAAUGCAACUAUAGAACAAUUGAAAACUCUUUUUCUAACUCCUCAUACAAACCAAAAAAUAUGCAGUUUGAAAUCCUUAACUGUUAAUUUUAACCAGCAAACAUGGCUCUUUUUUGCAUGUGAUUGAGC